AUGGGGGACAGUAGAGAUUCUCACAGCCCAGACAGUUCGUCUGUGUCCUCCCCUCCUUCAGGACAGCGCUCCCCUCCUCUGGUGCCCUCAGCUGCAGCUUCCAUGACCUCCCUGCCUCCCAUCACUAGUGCAGGAGUCAAUAGCCCCAUCAGCAGCAUCGGCUCCCCUUUCUCUGUCAUCAGCUCCUCUCUGGGCUCCCCCUGCCUUCCUGGAACUCCCUCAGUGGGCUAUGGCCCCAUUAGCAGCCCACAGAUCAACUCGACAGUGUCUAUGUCAGGGCUCCAUGCAGUAAGCAGCUCCGAUGAUGUGAAACCUCCUUUAGGCUUGAAGCAGCUUACAGCUCACAGUCCUGGUCCAAUACUGUCUCAGAAGCGUCUGUGUUCCAUCUGUGGGGACAGAUCCUCUGGUAAGCACUAUGGUGUAUACAGCUGUGAAGGAUGUAAAGGUUUUUUCAAGCGAACAGUGCGCAAAGAUCUGACCUACACCUGCCGUGACAAUAAAGACUGUAUGGUGGACAAAAGACAGAGGAACCGCUGCCAGUACUGUCGCUAUCAGAAGUGCCUGGCCAUGGGCAUGAAGAGAGAAGUGGCCGAGAUGAACGUCAGAUCUGUCCAAGAAGAGCGGCAGAGGAACAAGGAGAAGGAGGCAGCAGAGGUGGAGUCAACCAGUGCAGUGAAUGAGGACAUGCCGGUGGAGAAGAUUCUGGAAGCAGAAAUGGCCGUGGAGCAGAAGACAGAGCUCCACGCCGAUGGCAGCUCUGGAGGCAGCUCGCCCAAUGACCCUGUGACCAACAUCUGUCAGGCAGCAGAUAAGCAGCUUUUCACGUUGGUGGAGUGGGCCAAGAGGGUUCCCCAUUUCUCUGAGCUUCCUCUGGACGACCAAGUCAUUCUGCUUCGUGCGGGCUGGAACGAGCUGCUGAUUGCAUCUUUCUCUCAUCGCUCCAUCUCGGUCAAAGACGGGAUCCUCCUGGCCACUGGGCUGCACGUGCACAGGAACAGUGCUCACAGUGCAGGGGUUGGGGCGAUCUUUGACAGGCCGCACAAUGCUGAGGUUGGGGCCAUAUUUGAAAGAGUUUUGACGGAGCUCGUGAGUAAGAUGAGAGACAUGCAAAUGGACAAGACGGAGCUGGGCUGCCUGCGAGCCAUUAUACUGUUUAAUCCUGAUGCCAAGGGGCUGUCGAACCCCAGUGAGGUGGAGCUGCUGAGAGAGCGGGUGUAUGCGUCUCUAGAAGCUUACUGCAAACACAAGUAUCCCGACCAACAGGGCAGGUUUGCAAAGCUGCUCCUCCGGCUCCCAGCACUACGCUCCAUCGGCCUGAAGUGCUUGGAGCAUUUGUUCUUCUUCAAACUCAUCGGAGACACGCCUAUUGACACUUUCCUGAUGGAGAUGCUGGAGGCUCCUCACCAGCUCACCUGA